AUGAAGGGUAAAGUUAAUUCGGACGCAGAUUCUCGCCCUCAGAGUUGCUCGAACAGUUAUGAAGAGCACACAAACAGUCAUUUCGUCGUAGUGAAGCUUGAAGAUGAAGAUCCAGAGAUGGACCUCAGUAUUUUUGCUCCUGUUGAGUCCUCCGAUUGUGAGGAAGAUGAAGACGAUGGUUCAGACUCAUCCGAAGACUCCACCUGGAGAAGAAACAUUCAGGAGCGAGACGAUCAGGAUUCAGAGUCUCGUCCAAAACAAUCCCCCAGGAAGAGUUUGAAAGCACAGAAUAAGAGCCGACAGACAUUUCUGGCUGAGCAGAGACUAAAGCUGGAGACAAAUCUGAACAGUGCUGCUGAUAGGGACAUAAACGUGGGCGUCCCUUCAGAAGAGCACACAUUUGGCCGAGCUGCACCUCCAUCUGAUUCAGCCAGAGGUCCAGUGGAGAUUUCAGGGCUGGACACCGCAAUCAGUCCUUUAGCUGCGAUGGAGCCUCCUGUAUUUCCAAAUGCUCCAGUACAGAGCACAUCUGUUGUCGGGGAGGAUCAGCAGAAUUUACUACUCGAGGUCCUGAACCACUGUCGGUUCCUGCAUGCAGCGGUGCAGAGGCUUGAACAGAAGAUUGACAGACAGAUGCCCAAUGAGCCAUCCUCAGCAAGGGGUACAGCAAGGCGGAAGAAAACGCCAAAGAGACCGGCGUCUGCAGCGGCUGAAGAAGAGCAUCUGUCCUGGGAUUUAGAGCAGCGUCUUGGCCCAGCAGUGCACAAAAACUCCCGCUGGGACCCUCCCUGGAGACGGGCAGCAGACGGUGGAGACCUCCAACAGGCAGAAAACAGCAGCGGGAGAACGGGACGCGGCAGAGGCCGGGGCAGAGGACGCGGCCGGCGGGGACGAGGCGGCACCAGAACACACCAACACACUCCUGAAAACACUGCACUCAUAACAAAACCAGAUCAGACGAGCACUGACCACACAACACCCUCUCAGAUAAUCAAGCAGGACUCUUGGGCUCACACUGAGCUUGAGCGUCCGCAGAAGAGAAAGAAAAGCUCGGCUCAUGUGCACAGAGAGAAAGAGGAAUCUGAUCCAAAGCAGGAAGAGCCCGCAGUUCAAGAUGAGAGCAAAGUUUUCCCCCCCUCAGUGAUGAUUGGGAGCUCUCUGCGUAAGGUGUGGAUCCCGCAGUGUGUGUAUAAGGAGGUGUUUAAGGAGACGGAGCCCCAGAAAGCAGUAGCUGCUGUGCUUUACUCUCUUUUCCCUAUCAGCACACUGUCCUGCAGCGCAGUCACCGGAAACCCUGCUAAGGGCAUCCAGCAGCUCGACCCCAACAAGAUUGAGGCCCUUCGAGAGUUUCUAGCAGAGAUGUUCCCCCAGUUUGACAUCAGUGUGCGUGGCGUGGCAUGGGCGCAGUGUCUUGGGGUGAUCAAUAACAUCACCAAAAACCUCAAGAAAACAGCUGGAAAAACAUGAGAUCCGCCAAAGGAGGUUGGCGACAGAGGAAAUGAGGGUCUGUGUGUGCUUUUAAUCCUGACAGCUUUAGCUAAACGUCUGAACUCAGUCUUGAGAAUUGAAGCGUGAACAACAGUUUUUUACGUUUGUUUAUUGUUCUGUUCUGCUGAUCGCAGCACAAUCAAAAGGAAAAGUUUGGGAUACAUAAUAUAUAUUAACACCUCUUUGUUCUUAAUAAAUCGAUAUAUUAAUUUAGUCAUUUAAACAUCCUGAAUACUGAUGUCUACUGAUGUCUACUGCCUAAUCAUUUUGCCUAAUAAAGACUUUUUUUGCUUUGA